AUGCGCAACGCAGCCGUCAUCACCUCCGCCCUCUCCCUCCUCGCGGCCAGCGCCUCCGCGCGCAUCAUCGCCAUCGCCGCACCCAGGACAGUCGCCGCAGGCUCCACGGUGGUCUUACAAAUCAUCGCCGAAGACGACAUCCAAGCGAACCAAGACGUCGCCAUCUCCUUCGGCCUCGAGUCCGGCAAAGCCAUUCCGAACUCGCUGGGCCAGCUCUUGACGUCGAAGUUCUUGGGUCCGGAUAUGAGCAACAUCGCCGACAACUUCACCGCUCACGUAGAGAUUCCGGCGUCGAUGCCGAAGGGCAAGGCUGCUCUGACGGCGUUCUUGUUUUCGCUGGACGGUGCUGCGUAUGAGCCGAACACGGAGACUUUCGAGCUCAUAACUACGGUUGGGAAGUUCACGUCGUCGGAGUAUGUGAGGAGUGGCUAG